UUGUGAAUAUCAUUUAUGGCAGGGAACAAAUGAGCGAAAUCUGGAGGAAAAAACAUUGAAAAGGGAAAAGCAGGCCAGAGAAUUGCAGAGAUACAGAGAGAGAGAGAGAGAGGAAAAUGAGGAAGCAAAAAACCAAAAAAAUUUCUUCAGUGCUUAUGUGUUGCCGUAUCUGCAUGACACCAAAUCAGUGAAAUAAUUUCAGUAACAUACCACUUCGCUUCAAACUGGCGUUUAAAAUAAGCCAAGCCAGCUGAGAAAGAAAGAAGAAGAAGUAGCAGCAGCAGAAAAGAGAAAUUCAUAUAUCAAGCAGUGUGCCCAUGGAGGGUUUGAUUCCCUUUUCCUCCGUCUUCUUCUUCAAUUCCCAUACCUCUCUUUUAGCUUUCUCUUCCGUAUAUCUUCCCCUUUCUGUUUCUGCUGUUCAUCAUUAGACCCGCAAGGAUUUGAGUUUCCUUGCUUUUGCGAUUCUGGUUCAGAAUUGCAUGUGGCUUUUCCAGAAUUCAGAUAUAGCUUUAUAAGGCCGAAGAAGCAGAGAAAGGAUAUCCCCAGCUGAACCAGACCAGACCAGAUUAGACCACUUGUAUUCUUGGAGAAGAAGAAGAAGAGGAAGGAUAUAUAUACACAUUCACAAAGAUAUAUAUAUGCUAUCUGAUAUGGCUGCAUCUUCUUCGUCUGCGUCGCUCUUCGGAAUUAGAGGAGAUCAGGGUCCGAUGAUGAAUCCGCAGCAGCAUUCAUCGACUCCGAGUUCGUCAACCACCGCAGCUGCACCACCACAAAAGAAGAAGAGAAACCAACCAGGAACACCAAAUCCAGACGCAGAGGUGAUAGCUCUAUCUCCGAAGACUUUAAUGGCAACAAACAGGUUCAUAUGUGAGGUAUGCAACAAAGGGUUUCAAAGAGAGCAGAACCUACAGCUUCACAGAAGAGGACACAACCUGCCUUGGAAGCUGAAGCAGAAGACAAACAAAGAGCCAAAGAGAAAGGUAUAUCUGUGUCCCGAGCCCACAUGCGUACACCAUGACCCCUCAAGAGCUCUCGGUGACCUCACUGGGAUUAAGAAACACUACUCUCGCAAACACGGCGAGAAGAAGUGGAAGUGUGAGAAGUGUUCCAAGAAAUACGCGGUUCAAUCUGAUUGGAAGGCACAUUCUAAGACUUGUGGUACCAGAGAAUACAGGAGAGACAGUUUUAUCACCCACAGGGCGUUUUGUGAUGCACUGGCUCAAGAAAGUGCGAGACAACCAUCCGACUUGAUUAGCAGCGCCAUUAAUGGGAGCCAGCUCUAUGAAAGUAACAACUUGGCGGCUUUAGGCUUGUCUCAGGUGGCCUCCCACAUCUCUGGUGCCGUCCAUGAUCACCACCCCAGCAACCAAAUAGCCGGCGACAUCUUGCGACUCGGUGGCACUGCUCGGACAGGCCAAUUCGACCACCUUCUUCCACCUUCCUUAAUUAGACCGCCACCGCCGCAGAUGGCUGCUGCGGCCAAUGUUGCUUCUCCUCCGGUCUUCUUCAUGACGGAACAAUCAAACCAAAACUAUCACCACCAUGAUCACCAUCAUCAGCAAAACAAGCAAUUCCAUGGACUCAUGCAAUUCUCUGACCUUCAUCACAAUAAUAGCAACAAUUCUCCAACGGCUGCGCCUAAUAACACCAACCUCUUCAACCUUCCUCCGUUCCUUUCCAACACUGCCAACAACAAUAACAGUCCUUUGUCCGAAAGCGCCGCUACCGGAGGAGGACAAAUCGACGGCCCCAACAGCUUCUUCUCCGACCAAAUCACAAGCUCCAGUGCUCCUUCUCUUUUCAGCACAUCUCUUCAGAACAACAGUAACAGCAGCAGCUUUCCUCCCAUGUCUGCAACAGCACUGCUUCAAAAGGCUGCUCAGAUCGGUGCGAAUUCUAGCAACAACAGCGCCACGGCCUCGCUACUCAGAAGCUUCGGAAGCUCUUCCUCCACCACCGGCUCCAAGUCUGAUCAUCAACACCACAGGCCACCGCAGCAGCUGGUCGGAGCAAACUAUGGCGCCAUUUUUGGAGGGUCGUCGACGUCGACGUCGACGAACAACGAUGGUCAGAACGGCAAUCUGCAAGACUUGAUGAACGCAUUCAGUUCUGUUGGCGGGUAUGAAGGAUACGAUCAUCGUCAUCAUCAACAACAACAGCAAAACAGCUCAAACACAAGAGACCUGAAACUGCCCGCGGGAUCUGACAGGCUCACUCGAGAUUUUCUUGGGGUUGGGCAGAUUGUGAGAACCAUGAGUGGAGGAAUUUCGCCCGGAGAUCAUCAUCAGCAGCAGCAGCAACAAGGGUUCAUGAACUUGGGCUCGUUGGAGACUCACAGAAAUAAUAAUAAUGCUGCGGCGCCGUCAGGCCAAUCUUUUGGAAGCGGAGGGAAUUUUCAGUGAUUAGUUAAGCUCGAAGCUGCGAAAAAACAAAGUACCAGGGAUUUGGAUAUCAUCAACAUGUUCCAUACAAGGUUGACUGGCUAAUUCAGUUUAUUGUUAGAAGCAGACAUAUACAUGCAACUUUGCUCUAUCCUCUCACUCAUCACCUCAUGGACUCAGAUCAUCGGAUCGUUUAUAAUUAAUUAGGCAUCUUUCAACUCAAUUGCAUUGUCUUAAACUUAAUUCAGAGUUUUUCUUUUGCUCUUUCCAUCAAGUGUACCUGCAUUCCGAAACAAAACAAAAAAACAAAAAAAAAAUUUGUAGCUAGCACCAAACAUAUCAUGGUUUUCAUGAACUUAGUUACCAGACAAUGCAUUAGUUUAUAGCUUUAUGUUUCAGACUUCAGUUAAUUUAAUACCCUUCCUUUGUUCACA